AUGUGCUUCCGUAUUUUAAUCGAAAGAGACGUAACGAAGACGGUUACCGUCAAGGACGAGAGAAAGAAAAAACAGGAGCCGAAACCGGAACCAGAGCCAGAAGAGCCAGCUGCCCCAGAUCUUACUGACGUCUAUUAUGACGCUAGUACCGGGAGGUUCUAUUCCAAGCUGGGUUCACCCACUGGAAUCAAACUUCAAGCUAUGAACGAGACCAAUAUUUUGGGCCAACCAAUCCUCCGCGAAGAGGGCGAGGACAGGAAGGAAAACAAGCGAAAGAAGGACAAGAAGGACAAGAAGGACAAGAAACACAAGAAGGAUAAGAAGGACAAGAGGGAGGAUACGAGUUCCCCAGAAAAGUGCCACUACCAAGCAACGAUGUCCCAACUGCCUGCCAACUGCUGUACGCACAAGUCACAUAAACGCGGAUGCAAACGUCAAGUUCUGCUCUUGGAACCGCCGAAGGCAAUGGCUUACCCUCACAUCGACCACUCUGGGACCACGGUCCAUGCCUUCGAGGAAGUCAACCUGAAAAGCAUCAAAAAGCCUGAAGGUCGGGGAUACGAAACGAAGGAACUCGCGAUGAAAGCGGCGUUUAAACAAGGUCUUAUUCUAAAAGAUCCAAAUCAAGCCGUUCAGAUCAUGACGGGUACACAAGGCGGGUACUUUGUUGUUGGUGUUACCGAUUCAUGCUGA